GCAUAUUCAACGGGGUCAUAUUUCUACAGUCAUCGAGUAUUGGAUUGUUUAUGAUAUGGUAUGAGACACAUAACAAAGAACCGGGUCUUCUGUGGUCGGACAAUGUGGAGGAGAUUGUCUCAUAUGUAUUGCUCAUAAGUGUGGUCAUAAUCAGCCAACUCUUGGCAUUUACCAUAAAGUCUCGUAUAGAGUACGUGCCGUACUUUCCCGCAUCCAAAACAAGCAACGAGUUUAGUUUCAAACGCAAACGCACCGGUAGUUCGGGCUCCUAUACCCGCAAUAUGAAUGGCAACAAUUGCACCUCUGGGGCCGAGGGGGACAGUGACUGGCAGACCACCUCCCCAUUGGCCACUUCUUGGUUUCACAAUCACAUGGAUCGUCAUUCCCUCUUCAAUGCCAUA